AUGCGCGGCUUCCUCUCGUUUGAGGCCGUGACGCUACUUCUCUGUUGGGUCGCCCUACUGAUCCUGACGAAGGGUCUCGCUACCACCCUGCUGCGGCACGACCUCGUCGCGUGGGUGCAGAGCGUGCUUGGGAAGCCAACGAUGCGCAGCGGGACGCUGAUGCAGGAUCGCACGCUUGACGACGCCUUACCCGAGGAGCUGAUGUCGCUCUUCUGGAUGCGCCGUGCCAUGUCGCAGCCGUACAGCAGCUGGUAUCUGCACAGCUCGGAAGCCUACAGCGGCGUGCCAGUGCCCAUGCGCCUGCCAAAGGAUGUCGUCGCCGAAGGGCAGAUCUUGUACCCUUUCCAUGUGCUGUACCUGUACGCGUGUGGGGUGUGGCUGCAGUGGGUGCGGCCCGAACUCGCCAUCAAACUCCUCACGCCGCGUGAGCAGCCGCGCCUGACGCACAGCGACGCCAUUGAGCUGCGGAGCACGCUUGCGUGGGUCAGCGUAGGUUGUGUCGUCCUCGUUGGCGCGCCGGGAGCAUGGCUUUUCGCCGGCGCCCUCUCGCGCUUGCUGCGCCACGCGGUUUGCGAUCGGGAGCGUGCGUCUCGUCUGCACCUGCCAGCUGAGGGCUGCGCCAACGUGGCGGCGUCUGCACUUGUGGCAGCGCCACCGGCGCAUGCGGCAACUGCGUCGUCCAGGUCGCCGGAUGAGACGAUCAUCGGCAGGGAGAAGGAGCUGGCUGGCGUGGCGGCACGUGAGGAGAGAGACGUGGCCGCCUUCCUUGGCUCCCUCCUCACCGUUCUCAUGGGCAUUCUGCCACUCCUCGUGGUGGAGGUGUGCACGAUGCAGCCGUGGUGCCUGUGCGGCUCGCUGCUCGUGUGGGCACUUGUUUUUGUCCUUCAGAAUGAGCUGCAGCUCCACGCCGGUGCGGCGCAGACGACAGACGCCUUCUUCGACAUGACCACGCCGAUCGUCGUCGGGAACGGUGUCGAGUUCUUUGCACUGAAGCAGGAGCCGAGCGUCUGCCCUCUAAUCGGGCUCUCCGUGACCGUCACCGUGAUGUCGCUUGCCACACCUUCGUGCCUCUCCGCGACACUACUCCUCUUCCUCUGGUGCCUUUCUGCAUGCUGGCAGCGCGGCUACCGCCGCGUCCUCGUGAAGGUGAAGCUGCCGAGAGGGACGAGCAGUCCGUCGGUGGGCCAGGACGGCUACGUGCGCAUGGGCUACUCGUGCUACAGGGACACGCUCUGGAUGAACAGGUGCUUCUGCAGUGCCACGCUGUUUGCUGUGUGUCUUGUGCUGGCCGUCACGACACCGUGGUGGCUGCAUCAGCAGCCCGUCUUGACAUUCAUGGACCUCUUCGCGAGCCCGCAAAAACCGCCGUCCAGUGCAGCCGCGAAUGGCGAAGGGGCUGAGCCUGCGAUCGACCUGGCGAACUUGUCGUUCACGGGUGGGCACGAGAUGCACGCCGGCUGCCUCGCUGGCCCCUAUUCGUACUACAACUGCGCGCGGCCGACGCCGAAUAUGUGGCGGCUGAGCGAGUGGCUUGGGUUUCCGUGGACUUCCAUGGCCAAGGCCCUCGCUGGCAUCUUUACGAUGAACCAGAGCUACAUCAACGCGGAGAGUGCGCUGUGGCUGAACUACAUCGUACUUGUUCUUCUAACCCUUGCGAAUGCGGGCAGCAUUCUCGUGCUGGCGUUCUACCGGGUCCGUAAGCCGCCGCUGUCCUUCGAGACGCCGGUAGUGUACGCAGCGCAGCGGGCGGCACAGCGGGCAGAGCAUCAGGCGUACUGGGCUGCCAAGCGGGCGGGCCGCUGCGACGGCGCACGACCACCAGCACCGCCGGCACCGCAGCCCAAGCUGGAGACCGCCUCCACAGCGCAGGGCAGCGCUGGUGCAAAGCGCCAGCGAGUCAAGGUGGUGACGUGCCUAUCACGGGAGGAGUACGUGGUGAAGCAGGUGGUGCUGUUGUGCUGGAUGCUCUCCGCUUCCACCAUCUCUGGCGCGGUGCUGUUUCUGCGCAACGCGCCUAGCAGCUGCGUGCUGGUUUUUCCCUCCGUCUCGCUGCUGGCGGCGGUUUCCGUUGUGAUCCGCGUUCUGCGCUGUGAGCGGCCGCUCGCCUUCCACCCCGUUCCCCAGCAGGCGGCGAAAACUGUCAGUGGUGCGUGGAAGCUGAAGAAGGACGCCUCAGCGCCCAUGCAGCAGGACAGCGACGACUCGCGACCUCCUGCUGCCUCGCGGUGGUGCACGACGGCGGUUGCGCCGAGUCUGGCACAUGCUGCCGAUGUGCCGUGUCUCUACCUGGUCUUUACAGCAUCGGUGCUCAGCACUGGUGCGCUGACGUGGACGAUAGUGCCGAUGCUGCUGCGCCACGGCAUUCUCCUCCUCCUGUGCUGGCGCACGUCUGUAUCGCUAGUGCUGCUGCGAACGUGGGCCCCGGUGGACACCACGUGCAACAUCUUCGCGAGGCUCGGCGCAGUAAGCUGUGCUGCGCUGGGGCUCCUGCUGGCCGCGCAGGCGGUCCCGCAGUCGUCCGCAUCAGCGGGGGCGCGUCGGCUCGCACGCUUUACGGACAAGAUGGGCGACGUGUACGCGCACACCGGCGACAACGUCCUGCGUGCGCUCAUCUAUCAAUGCAUUGCCUCCUGCUUCAUGUACGCCUGCGGCGCUGUUCACGCGACGCUGCGCGUGGCGCGAUUGGCACUGGAACCGGAGGAGGUGCACCUGGUGCCCAUCGAGGAGGAGCUUCGCAUCUGUAAAGGCAGUUGCGAUGCCGCUGCCGCAGGACAUGCGAAGAGGCAGCAGUAG